AUGCAUACACCAUGGCGACGAGCAUGUACCGCUUGUACAAAGGCAAAACGUCAAUGCACAAAGCAGACGCCGGCAUGUCGGAGAUGUAUACAGCGCGGAGCGGAUUGUCAUUAUCCACCGCCGCGGCGUCCGGCCCCGCUGCUAUUGCCGCAGUCCUUGUCUUCUUCCGCGCUUGUGGCCGACGCAACCGACACUGGCGAAUUACUGGCAGCAUCACUACUGGAUGAAGACAUCAGUUUUUCUUGCAACUUGCCAGAUCUGGACUCUACUAUCCCGAACUUGGUCUCGGAUGACUUGGGUCGUGGUCAACAGACCCUCGUAGACAUAACGCCGGCUCGAAAGCCCGAGUCAUCAGUAUUGCCAUGGUUCCUCCAUCCUUCAAGCUGGAAGCGCGAGCGCUUACUAGAGCAGCAUGAAGAAAUGCUGGCAUCAAGCCAACAGUUAUACGUAGACACGAUACGUAACUGGUUAUUCGACUGGGUUUCGGGGUCCUCACCCGCACCUGUCCUCUCUUCAUCGUCUUCCACUUCCACAGAUUCACCCGCCACAAACCCCUUAAUCCACCCAGAACUAUACCGGCGCGAGAUGCCACGCAUAAUACAGGACGCCUACACCGCCAUCACAACGUAUCAGUACCGCACGCCAGCCAACACGGAGACGGCGCUGCGCAUCCUCGAGGCCCGCACCGAUCAGCUGAUCCAGGAGCAAGCCGUGCGCGAGGCCAUGGGCGACCCGCCCCGCGGCACCCUCGAGCACCUGGCCCGCGUCCACGCCCUGCUGGCGUACCAGGUCCUCGGCCUCUUUGACGGCAACGUGCGCGCCCGCGCCCGCGCCGACGGCCUCGUGGAUACGUUGUUCGCCUGGUGCGAUGCCAUGUGGACGAGCGCAAAGGCGGACCAGGAGAACAAGAUCAAGAAGGGUCGCUGUUGUGGUUGUCGUCAUGACUUUGCUUCUUCUUCCUCUUCUUCUUCUUCUUCUUCUCCGCCGGGACUCUGUUGUCAUCGUCAUGAUCAUCCGGACCAAGACCAAGAUCAAGAGGCACACGGCAAUCUCGACGACGACUACGACGAUAAUAGUCUAUGGCACACUUUUAUCCACGUCGAAUCGGUUCGCCGCGCCUUACUCACGGCGCAAAUCGUGCAGAAUAUCUACCUGAUGCAAAAAACUGGCUGGUCGUCAUGUGCCGGCGGCGUCGUCUUGACAAUGCGGCGCGGCGUCUGGUCGGCCAGGAGUGCGUAUGCGUGGAAGAAGCGGUUGGCCCUGGCGGCUCCUCCGCCUUCCUUGGCCACGACCGCGGCGACAAUGAACACACGAGACCCGCUGCUGGGACUCUUGACUACGCGCCUCGACGACGCGCUCGAAGGGGCGGGACCUGGUGAUGUCGAUGAUUUUGGACUUGCGCUCCUGGGCGUACAUUUUGGCGAGGAGCGUCUGGAGAGGUGGAUGGACGAAAAGGGGGCCAUGGAUUCGUCAUUGUCGGAUCCCUCGAGGUGGUUAUAA